GGGGCGGGUACGUUCAUUGUGCGCCUUUAACGCGCGCUUUUUUACGCACAGCCAAGCGCACAACAUCUCUAUGUGAUCCAGGCUACAUGCUAAAUUAGCCUCAGCGGUGCCUUCACAGACUACAGAGCCACAAAAGACGCGUUAUCGCUGCGGUUUACCGGUCAAAGCCCGGUGGUGUACACAUCCAAAGGCGAACUGUGCUGAAGUAUACCGCAACAAACUUUGCUAUGGGCAAAAAGUCCCGUGAAGAGGCAUCCUCAUCCUCUGAUGAGGAAUAUGUUGUGGAGAAAGUGCUGGACAGAAGGGUGGUGAAAGGCCGGGUCGAGUUCUUCCUGAAGUGGAAGGGAUACUCAGAUAAACACAACACAUGGGAACCAGAGAAGAAUCUGGACUGCCCUGAGCUUAUUUCAGAAUUCAUGAAGACCUACAAGAAAAGCAGCAGCAGCAGCGGAAGCUCCACACCUAGCAGUGGCGGCAGCAAAUCAAGUGCAGGCCCCCUAGGACGCUCCAAAGACUCAAGCAGCUCGAAGAAAAGGAGCUCUGAUGACGAGGAGGGUGGAAGUAAGCCCAAAAAGAAAAAAGAGGAUGACAUUCUCGUCGCACGUGGGUUUGAGAGAGGGCUUGAGCCAGAGAAGAUCAUUGGAGCAACUGACUCGUGUGGUGAUCUAAUGUUUCUUAUGAAAUGGAAAGACUCUGAUGAGGCUGAUCUCGUACUCGCAAAGGAGGCCAAUCAUAAGUGCCCACAGAUUGUCAUAGCCUUCUAUGAGGAACGUCUCACCUGGCAUGAAGACAGUGACAAGAAGGAGAAAGACGCUGUCAGUGCGUGAGUGCAUCACCUCAGGAGGAAACGGUACCUCCUCCUCUGCAGGGACAACCUUGAGUCAGACAUUUUUCACACCCAAUCCUCCCAUACUUCCUCUGUACCAUGUCCAACAACGACACAAAUACAGCGGACACAGAUCUCCAUCCAUGACCCAUCGGAGCACAAGGGCCCAGACUGCUGAGGAGGCAUCAGAUAGGAGAAGCUGUGCAACAUGGGUGAUAUGCUACUGGGGAGGGUUUCUGCUGUUCUCUUUUUAUUCUUUAACUUCUUUUAAUGUCUUAACAUGUCAUGUUUUAGUGCUUAUGGGAUAUGAUCAUGUCAGUAAGGUAUUUUGCAUCCACAAGCACAGGUGGCCAUUUGUUAAACUCUGAAUAUAGUCUUGAGAGUCAGUACAAGCUUUGUUAACCAUGAGCUUGUUCCAGGGUAGUGCACAACAGCCAUUCUAAAGCCUUUAUAAGCAGUGCACCUCUUUGCUUUAAGAACCCACUAACACCACUGAGGAUAAGACUGUAGUACUAAUAUUCAGGAAGCAACCACCGCAGCACUUUCCUGACUGCAUAAUCACUUCCUUUUAAACUUUUUAUCUCGCGUACAUUUGUCAGUUUGUCCUGCCUACUGGGAUGUAACGACUCAAUUUGCAAACUUGCAGGGGACACCGGCCAAUUAUUUUUAUUAUAAAGUAGUUAUGAUAUCCUUGUUCAUUUUUUUUUUUAACUGUCUUUUUUUUUUCUCCCCAUAUUUCCAAGUUUUAAUGUGUCAAAUCGGUGUUUUUAAUUUCUUCACUAGUUCAAGAAAAUUAAAAUAAAACAUUUUUGCUCAGUUUUGUACCUUUUUUCCUUUUGUUCUUUUUUAAAUAAUCUUUUAACUGCAGAGUUAUCUUUGGACCAGUCUCACAUUAACAUUGACAAUCUUCACUGUAUCCACAUGAAAUGAAACCAGCAUUCAUCAACAGUCACUGAGGUCUGCCACCUUGUGGCUAAAAACAUAAAACGAAUUUCUUGACUGUGACCAAUCUCUAUGAUAGAAACCCUGCAGUUUUAAUGGUAUUAUUAAUCUUGUUAGUUAGUGUGAUACUUUGAUAGAUUUUAUUUUAUUUUUUAAAGAUUUCAAUUGGUAAAAUCUACUCAGCAAUUGGAGUAUUUGUUCUUGAUAUCAUUGUAAUGUUCAUUUGAAGCAUUAAAACCAGUUUCUGAUCUGAUUAUGCAUAUCGUGGGUUUUAUUGUGGUGAAUAAUUAUAUUGUUCCCUGCAGUAUUACAUUUUUUUUCUGGAACAAUGUUUCUACCUGACAUGCAGAGAUCAAAUUAAAUAUAUACGAUGGAUGACGGUUUUGUUGCUUGAUCUCUUGUGCUCCACGUGGACUUUUAGGACCAAAUGUGUAGUGUCUACAGACUGAGAUAUGAUUGUUUUUUUGGACUUGGAUCAGCAUUGUGAAUGAAGGCUGUGACCUUCUCUCCUUUCAUACAUGCAGUAUGUUAACCACGGCCCUUGAUAUCAAUUAGAUACUGUUUUUGGUGUAAUUUCCUUUCAUGAAAAUAUUUUGUCCUUUCAGACCCUUGAAUUCUGUCCUCAGUUUUGCUGGCGCAGAAUUUUUGAAAAGUAGACUUUUUCUUGUGAAUUAAAUGUUACAAAUAUGUGUACAGUAGCACCCUUUAAUAAACAAUUUCAAUGUUAAA